AUGGCCGUGGCAAUCGACGAGGUGGUAUUAAGUGUCGUGGUAAUGGAGAAUGUUUCUUGUGCAAACAAUUUUGUCACAAGAAGUAGCCGUGCUCUCAACGGAAGAGCAGAAGUCACAACGAGAUUUUAUUCUCAGCAACAAGUGGGACCGUUGAUGGGAAAACUGUAUGGCUUCUGGAAAGUGGAGCAAAAUUUCAUAUGA